AUGUGCAGCUUAUAUGGUAAACUUGUUAAAGCAAUUGCAGAUAUACCAGAUGAUAAAUUUAAUCAACUCAUAAAUGAACCAUUCUUUGAUAUUAAUCAACGUAUUCAUUAUUUACUUGAUGAAAAUUUAAAUAAUAAAACAGUGAAAGAUGAUAUUAUACGUUUAGAAAAUCAUAUUGAAUCUCUGCAAAAUGAUAGAAUUGAAACGGAAAAACUCCGUACAGUAGCUGAAUUAUUAAGACCAUUUGUCAAACAAAUUAGAGCUAUGAUGAUUAAUCAACAUGUACCUGAUUGUUAUUAUUCAAAAUCAAUAAUUAAUACAUUUUUAUUACAUUCACAGGGUCAAAGUAUAUCAUGGGAAAUAGCUGAUUUUAACAGAGAUAAUCGGCAAAACAAUUUUGAUAUAAAUACCCAGGAUCCUACUGUCGGAAUGAUUCUCCUAGGUAUAUUUAAUGGUUUUGAAUUAAUUAUCAAACAUGAAACUGAUUCAUUACAAAUUAAUUGUGGUACUUUACUUGAAUUUUUAGUAGAUAAAAUGGAUCGUAAUGAAGCUGAGCAUGAUACUGUAAAAACAUUUUUACGUCAUGAUGCACAUGGUAAUACAUCAUUCAAUGAAUAUCUAUUGUCCAUUGGUAUACUUGAUGCAUAUGAUAUGAAUCAAAAGGCAUGUUUAGAAAGUUUAUAUCGUAAUCAUUUUUUUGCUCAUUAUCAUACUAUAUAA